AUGGAACUGGGCCUCUCUGAGUCUGCUCAUCAUAUGAAGGACGCCCUGAUAUCACCGCAAGACACACCGUUUGACUCUGCGCCAGAACGUCCUCCAGGCCCCGCCCUGCUGGACGAUAGUGAAUCCAACAUGCUGGACAACCUCUUCACCUCCCUGAACGCCAGCCAGUUCGACAACAAUGACUUCUGGCUCUCGUUUGGCGAGCAGAACGGCACGGAGCCCGGUAGUAACUUCAGCUGGCCUGAUUUACCGCCAAAUUUCGAGGGCUCUGCUACGAAUCUGCCCACACCACAGUCUCACCACAUCCAACACCAUGCCAAACAAUCAGGAGACAUGUCCGCCCAAGAUAGGUCGGCCACCCUGAGCUCAGAUGUCCUAGCUGCAGCACAGAUGCUCUAUCAGAACGGACAUGAUAACCUAUCUGCCCUGCACAGCCAGUUGUACGCUGAGCAUGGCCUGUUGGAUCACAACAAUGGUAAUUCCAACUAUCAUGCCAACAGCAAUAUCCACCUACAGCAACAACACCUUCACAAUCAUCAUCAUCAGAUAGAUGCAAAGCGCCCCCAGAUGGGUCGGUAUAACGAUGGGUCUAUGUCACAGAAGGAGUUCCUGGUCAUUCCCAAGGGUGUACAUACCACUACCAUGAUUUUUGACCCCGCCGCACACCGCUCUCCGGCCAACGACCACCAGCAGCCGAGAAUGCGCACCGCUGCCUCUAAGAUGGGGCCUAACAUGCUACAAUGGGGAUCUGACUCUGGAUUCGCUCACCAAGGCUACCGUCUGCCUCCAGGCCAACCUACCGUCGAAGAAACGACAGAACAACUACUCCAUAACCUACAAUGUCUAGAAGCCCAGUCCAGCGCUGCAAACACCCGACCGUCUAGCCCCAUUAGGAAACACUGUGACAGAAAGGAGAAUGCAUCGUCCCUGGCGGCAUCCCGAAACCCAAUUCCACCAUCCUACGAUGACAGGCCAAAGAAGCGACGGAAGAGCAACAACAAGAUAAAAGAAGAAGACUCGGAACUCGUCAGCGCCUUGUCGGCAUCCAAGUCACCGUCUACCGCGACUACCGCAUCAUCUACAACAAAUCACGCCGCCUCAUCAUCCUCCUCAACCACAUCGUUUGCUCGCCCUUCGUCCCGCAAAUCAAAGGGUUCUUCCCCUGCUGGUAACGGCACAACCAUCAAACCCGUACGAGAAAACCUGUCUGAAGAACAGAAACGUACAAACCACAUCCUCUCCGAGCAAAAACGCCGAAACCUGAUCAAACAAGGGUUUGACGAUCUGUGCUCGCUGGUCCCCGAGUUGAAGGGAGGAGGGUACAGCAAAAGCACCAUGCUGACGCAAGCAGGCGACUGGCUGGCAGACCUCCUGGCUGGCAACGAGCUCCUCAAGGCGCAGUUGGCGGAUCUCAAGGCACGAGGGGGAUGA